AUGGAAACCCUUUAUCAAGAAUACCAUUAUCCUGCCAUCCAAGACCUCAAGGUCACAAUCCAAGACUCAACCCUUGUGUUUCCCUCCCAAGAAACUGAUAAAAAAUCCAUUUUCUUAUCUAACUUAGACUUAGACCUACCUCUCAAUUUCAAUGUCGAAACAGUCCAUUUCUUCAGCCCCGACAUGGAUUUCCCUCCACAACUUGCGGCCAAUAAGCUCAAAUUUGCACUAGAAAAAGUUCUGGUAACACAUGAUUUCUUGGUUGGAAGGUUGAAAUUGAACAGCAAGACGGGGCAGUUGGAAAUCGACUGCAAUGCAUCCAGUGUUGGCUUCGUAGUGGCUACUUCUUUGUUGGCACUUGAUGAGAUUGGGGACUCGGACUAUCCAAAUCCAGCAUUUAGGCAGCUUAUUGUCCAAAGCUUGGAAAACUUAGGACCAAACGAUCAGCCACUUUGCAUCUUUCAGGUUACAUCCUUUAAAUGUGGAGGUUUUGCAAUGAGCAUAUCGACUAAUCAUGUUUUGUUUGAUGGAAUGGGCUUCGUAAUCUUCUUACGAAACCUUGCUUCCCAAGCUUUUGAUGAUAAACCCUUGGCUAUUGUUCCAUUCAAAGAUCGAUGCCUCCUGGCUGCCAGAUCACCAUCGCGUGUCACAUUCACGCAUCCCGAGCUUCACAAACUCGAUAUUCCAAUCGAUGUCGAACGUCCAAGCUCUCAAAAUCUUCAGACUAAGCUCCAAUGA